AUGGGAGGAAGGAAUACAAAGGAUGGGGGGGGACCCCUAGAGGGGCUCAGAAGAGAAGUCCCCAGGCUGGUGGGAAGGCCUGAAAGUCCAGAGGUUCAAGGCCUUGGUGACACUUUUCAUGUUGACCCUGCCUUCAUCCUAGGUUUCUUUGAUUACAUUAAGCACUUCAAGCACCAUGCGAAGAGCAGAAACCUGCUGGCCAGUUUUGCCUGGAAGAAUGCUGCUAACAUCCUGUCCCUGGGCAUAGUCAUGGGGUUGUCUUCCAUCUUCUGCAGCUUCAACAGACUGGCAUGAAAAUCCCGUUGUGCCUUUUGGCUCCUCCUCCUCAGCUUUUUGCUCAAUCUAGCAGAUGAGGCUGUGGCCAGACAACUGAACAUCUGCUCUACUCUGGGGUCUGCAGCGCUGCUCAACUUCAGCAUCCAGCCCACUGGCUUGGGAUCCCCCUUCAUGUGCCAGGGAUGACCCUGCCCAUAUGCUUCCUUCUUGCUGGCCUGCACCUUCCCCUUAUCCAAAGGCAACAAGCUCCUUCUUUGCAGCCUGGUCAUCCUGAUGAUGGGCUUCAGGCUGGGCCAAUGCUUCUACCCCCAGAACAAAAUCUUGGAGUCCCAGUUUUUGAAGAAGGUGAUUUUUAUCCUGGGUGAGUGGAAAUCUGGGGUUUAAUAAAAACAGAAACAGUUGUUCUUCAAGACUCUGAAUAAUCCAUUCUGGGCCAGGAAUGAUCAGUACUAAUAUCACACUGAAUCAGGCAGUAGAACUAGGCCAGUUCACCUUCUUGGUAUUACCACUGUACUGGGAUAGUUCUUCUUUGGUCUAAAUCCUGUCCUUCCCCCUCCACUCUGUCCUAUUUCACCACUGAUAUGCUGGCAUCAACAAUCACACCAUCAUCUUAUCGCUGGUUCCUUCUGUGUGCCUAGGGGUGAGAAGGAACCUUCCUUACCCCAAAACUCCAUUACUCCCAUGGGGAUCUCCCUCCUGCCUGUGCCAAUAGCCCUGUUUGCCUUCCCCAUUCAUUACAGACUAGACAGUGAGCAUGUCAAACUUCCUCUAGGCAGAAGUGUGAUAAAGGUCUGAGCUUACCAUCAUAAGACUGACGUUACUCAAUCUUCUUUAGGCUCCUAAGUAGUGGAACAGACCUGGUCACCAGCCAUAGGACAUCAUCGUCUACUCAUGGAUCUUAGUGCUGGUUGUCAUAGCCACUCCUGCCUCCUCCCUUUCUCUCCAGGUUUGUUGGGAUUUCAUGGAAAGAGAGUGCGGCUAUAAACACAAUUCAAUCCCUAAUAAUCUUGAACAUUUUAGGACAUUAAAAUGAAAAAGCUGGGGGGAUGAGUGGGCUCUAGGAGUGGUAGCCCCACAUGUAUUAGUCCCUCUAGGCAUGGGCUUUCUCUUUCAGGUGCUAUCCUGGUAUUCUGGUGUUCGUUUUCCUUUCCACCACUUGGUUUUGAGCCACCUCCUACAUCUUCUUCCCGACCACCACAUGGGGCAUAGCUUAGCUUGGCCCCCAGCACUAAGAACAACUCAUUCACCAAACCUUCCCUUUGCUCUCAGGGAACAAGCCAGUGUGUGCCAUCGUGCUGCACCUAAUCCUUAAUAAACCUUUCUUUUUCACCAUGACUUCAGUGAACUGUGUAUGAACUCACAAAUCAGAGUAAUGGACUUCAAGAGUUUUGCUUUCCUUCAGGAUUCUCCAUCCCAUCCUCUACCAUUUCAGAAACCUUUAAGGGAACAAUAAUAGUCUGUCCUUUAAGAAGAAUUUCCUUUAUUUACAUGGGAGGGUUAGGCUGCAAAAAGAACAUUGGCAACCUAAACCACUUGGAAAGGUGUGCAAAGCCAGCUGUUUUAAAGCCCUGCUCCCUCCUCCACCACACAAUCAUUGCAGCUGGGGUUUGGUCUUACUUGGUGUUUGUUCCUUGUUGCUGUGUAGACAGGAGAGGCAGAAAGGACACGGUCAGUUCAGAAGUGGCUGAGUGACUUAUAAGCCUGCCACUAAUGCUAGUGUUGGGAAGGUUGUGUUCAUAUUAUUUAAAAAUGCUAAAUCUCAAGGACGUGAAACCAAUUUGGAAUAUUGCUACUCAAAAUUUUUCCCCUUUUAAAAAACAGUUCCAAGAUUAUACCUCUUGGGCUUCUUUGAAAGUUGUAACAUGAAUGGACAAAAUGCAGCAUAAACCCGUUAUCUAUGUAUUCUGGGACCACAUAUGUGCUGUUUUCAUCCCAAGCUCUAGAAAUCCGGGAAAUGUUCCCAAAUACCUGACUCAACGUCACUGCAGGAUUUGACAUCAACACACUAUGUUCUGGCAUCCUAGAAGUGUCUUAGUUACAGUUAUGCAAAUGUGAAAUGUGAUUAUGAAUGAAACUGGUUUGACAGAACUCAUCCAUCCAAAUAAGCGUUCACCAAAGUAGCCUACUUUGGGGGCUCUACAAAGACUGCAAAGGUACAAGCAUUGCUGAAAACAUUUUUGGCUCUCAGAGCUGCGACCAUGGAAAUCCAUGUAGUCUAAGCCUCUAGCAAUUGCAAGAAUCAGGUAUUCCAGCCUGGUAACUACCUCAAAGCCUGGCCUCUACACCCAACCAAAGGCUCCUUCUCACAGCCUCAUUAUCCUAAUGAUGACUUUCAUGGUGCCGUCUACCCCCAUGAUAAAACCAUGCAGUCUCAGUUAUGGAAAGUGGUUUUUGCCCACCUCUUCACCAUCCCCACCAUAGUAAGACCUCUCAUUUGCCAAAUUCUCAGGAGCUACCAAAUUAGGAAGCUCUGUAGGCUUCAUUCCAACAAGGAAGCAGGAAACUAGCCUUCUUAACAGGAAUUUCAGCCCAGCCCUUUGCCAGAGGAAAUCUUUACCUUGAAGGCCCCCAAACCCUCAGGUUGCCUCUACCUUGUAAUUAUCUUUUUUUCCCUUUAGAGCCCUAGAAAAAGGGACCAACUGAAGCUCAGCUCUUCUCUGAGACUUGCUUUAUGAACCACCUAAAGUAAUCCCAUCCCUUUGGAGAGAACACCUUGUUUUUCAGCCAAUUCUGGGAUUCUUCAGCCUGCUUAUUCUCCUUAUUUUCUACUUACGGCCUCAAAAACUUCUGACCAAGUUGCCAACAUCAUCAACUACAUCUACCCUCAAAGGACAAAUGCUUGCUACUACUGAGGAGAUCCGGAAAAACAUGGCUUGGAUUGUGAAGACAAUUCUAAGAGAAGCACUACCAGGGUUAUGAGCAAUGGCUGCAUGAAAUACAGCUUCCCAAGCAAACCAUUGUGAAGGUGACAACACCCAUUUGGAUGUAUUAAGUUCUGCUGUUAAAAUAAAAUCACUAUUUCCUCAACAAUGCAAGGAUCUAAGACAUCUCCAAAGGCCUCAUAAUGGAAAAUGCUAUCCACAUCCAAAGAAAGAA